GUUAGCUUUCGUUUCUUGUCUUCUAUCAUAUCUAGAAAACAGAACCAUGUGAAAUAGAGGUGUGUGUAUGUCCCAUUCUAUCAAUGGUUCAAGGGUGCUUUUAAAGUCUUUCAUCAAUCUAUAUAAUACAUCUUAAAGCAGAACCAACUCUUCAAUACAAACCUUGAAUCUGAGCAUCUGUUUGUUUCUCAGAAGCUUCAAAUUUUAAUUUUCCAUACACAAGAAAUGGCUUUGUUCAGAAGUCUCUUGAGUGCAAAGAGGAUUAUUGGCCUUUCUGUAGCGGCUACAAGCAGAAAGACAGUUUCAGCGCCAAAGGGGUUUCUUGCGGUCUACGUUGGUGAAGACCAGGUCCAGAAGAAGAGAUAUAUCGUGCCAGUCUCAUACUUAAACCAGCCUUCUUUUCAAGCUCUUUUGAUUAAAUAUGAGGAAGAGUUUGGAUAUGAUCAUCCAAUGGGUGGAUUAACGAUCCCUUGUCCUGAAGAUACCUUCAUCAACGUAACUUCCAGGCUUCAAUGCUGAGGUUCCAUAAGAAAAGAAAAAACUGACAUUAGUUAGAGAUAGAAUCAAUCAAUGUAUAUAUGUUAAUCCUUUCCUCUUUCUUUGUCAAAGAGAGUUGUUCAAGCGAUUACAUAGCUCAAAUGUUUAUGCCAUAUUUCUAUGUAAGGACAAUGGUUUCUAUUAUAUACAAAUUGGUGGAAAUUUUCUGAGAAAA